AUGUCUUCGGUCAACAACACCCCCUCCGGUCAAGAUGAAGAUAGUCGGCGGUCGUCUUACCAAAAGGACGUGAGACUGAUGGGCGGAGUAGAGGGGAAGGGAAGUGGAAGCCCAUCGCCAGGCAUCAUCGUCGACGAUCGGGUGGGACUGCUCGAGUUCGAGCUGGUGGUAGGAGGAAGAGGAGGAGGAACAGGAGGAGAAGCUAGCACGACUGCCAGCGGGAGUUGGUCGGGGUUCGACUUCUCGGAAGUUGCUUUGCCAGCUUUGGAUUUGUACGAUGAUGGUGUGGUGCAGAGUUUUGACGACCAGCGGGCUCUUCUUGAUGAUGAUGAUCAAGAGGAGGACGUUCCGGCGAGCAACUUCGGCGCUCUACAGCCUGCUACUCGUGAGGUACCAGAUGUUGUUGACUGCAGCAGCAGCAGCAGUCGCACUGGCCGAGUCGAUGUGCAGACCGUACAGCAACAGCGACAGCAACAGCAACAAGCGGAUAUCUUCUCUCGUGGAGGCGCAUACGAAGAGCAGCAGCAACAACAGACGUUACAGCAGCAGCGAGUACCUUGUCCUGGAGAGUAUCCGGAAGAGAACCAGGCUGUUGGCGUCGCUCCGACAGAGCAGGAGCAGGAGCAGCUACGUCGUCUUGGUUCUUGGGAACGUGGUGCAGCUGCUGGAGACGAGAAUGACGAGGAGAAUGGUGGAGAAGGAGAGACUGGUGACGACGAGACUGACGCUGAGAUUGACGACGAGGGUGACCACGAGAUCGGCGCUGCUCAUAUUCCACACCAACACCGAGCCGCCGACGCGACGGAAGCAUCUGAAAGUGAUCGAUCAGCCGCCACCAAGUUCGCCCACGACACCAUGCGGGUAUACGAGAAGCUCGAGUUUCCCGAGCUGCCACUUCUCCUCAAUCCAACUCGCCUGCUCGGCCUCGCAGAAGACAGCCCCAUCCGUAUCGGAGAUGAAAUGGACAGCGGAGUUCGAGUCGGACAGCUUGCUCCGGAUCAUAUCCAAGGCAGUUCGCCGAGCUCGCUUUCUCUUCGACGACGAACGGAGCAAGGACAAGGUCAAGAACAAGGACAAGGUCGUACUACCCAAACACCGCCGUCGAAGAACAUCAUGCCGAAGAAGGAAAAGGCCAUCCCGGCAGGAUUCGCAGGGAGAUGGAUCGUCGCUUGCUUCUGGGCCACAGCGGUCGUGAUCCUCCUCACCACGGCAUGGAUGAUGGUACAGACCGCGUGUUACCGGUACUCCCAAGUAUCGCCCUCACGCUGGGCGGCGGAGUUGGUGGGACAUGGAAUCGUUCUGGCGGUCAUGGUCGCGGCGUUGGUUUUGGAGGCGCUCGAGUUCGAUCAGCCGCAAGUGGCGAACGUGAACGGAGUUGAAGAGGUCCGUCCCGGUGCUGCUUAUUAG